AUGCAAAGUAGCGCAAUCUGCAUUUGUGCUAUACUUAUAGUUUACAUGUUGAAGCCACUCAUAUUCUUUUCACCAUUUACCGCUCACGUCGGUGUUGUUAUAAAGAGCCUCGAAGAGCAAAAAAAUCUCUCUCAAGUUUGCGAUGAAUCAGACAAAACUGGAAAUUGGUUCAUCUACUGCAGCGGUAAUAUACUAGCUGCGAUGAACCUACACCAGCUGGAAUUAGAUUCAAAAACAUUUGUCGAUCGACCGCUGAAGGCUGAUCCAAAAGUUGUUCGAGAUGAAUUCCUUAAAAAGUUUGGAGGACAAACGGUGGAAAAUAUUAAUUCGCAGGAGCUGCUAGCUUUCCGUGAACGUUACUUUGACAAAGAAGGGCAAGAAUUGGAGAAAUGUAAUAUUCCGGGAUGGCAAGAAUUGCCACCCAAAAUUGCUCGGAUAAGGGAUGAAACUCUGAAACAUUUUGCAAUAUUUUUGAAUAAAAGAUGGAAAGACCUCUGUAGACAGGUUAAACCAAUCAAACAUCCACAACGACAUUCAUUGAUCGUAGUACCCGAAUCAUUCAUCGUGCCAGGCGGUCGAUUCAGAGAAUUUUACUAUUGGGAUGCAUAUUGGAUUGUUAAGGGUUUGAUUGCCAGCAACCUUUACAAAAUGGUUAAAAAUAUGCUGACAAACUUCUUGCAUUGCGUUAAAAAAUUCGGAUUUAUGCCGAAUGGUGGACGCGUUUAUUAUUUAAGACGUUCACAGCCACCAUUCUUGAUUCCAAUGGUAUAUGAAUAUUACAAGGUUACCAAAGAUACCAAAUUUAUAAAGGAAAAUUUCAAUUAUCUUGUGAAAGAGUUUGAAUUUUGGAUUAAAAAUAGGUCACUGAUAGUACAGAAGUAUGGACAAAAUUUUACAGUAUAUCAAUAUCGUACUGUAUCAAACGUACCUCGUCCAGAAUCAUAUCGAGUUGACGUUGAAGCUGCAGUAAAAGUCAAACAGGAAGAUAGGCAAAAAUUUUUUCAGGACCUUGCGUCAGCGGCUGAAUCAGGUUGGGACUUUUCGUCUCGAUGGUUUAAAGAUCGGCAGACGAUGCAAUCCAUCGAAACAACCAAUGUGGUACCAGUGGAUCUGAAUGCAUUACUUUGCUGGAAUGCCAAUAUCCUUAAAUAUUUAGCAAGCAUAACAGGUGAUAAGAAAAAAGUAGCAGAAUUCGAGAGUAAAAAAGAGAGUAUUUCGGAAGCCUUAAAUGCUGUGUUUUACAAUAACACUGAAAAGUCUUGGUUCGACUAUAACUUGCGCACCAAAUCUCACAAUGUCAUUUUUUAUCCAUCCAAUGUGAUGCCUCUAUUCACGCAAUGCUAUUCAGAAAUAGAAUACGAGAAACCAGCUGAUAUCGUUAAUUUUAUGGACCGAUCAAAUCUUUUUGGCUAUCAGAAUGGUGUGCCUACAAGUCUUGAAACAAGUAGUGGAGAGAAAUGGGAUUUUCCGAAUGGGUGGGCCCCUUUGCAACAUAUAAUUAUUGAAGGAAUGCGAAAAUCCAACAAUCCUGAUGUCCAAGAAUUGGCAUAUAAAUUGGCAAAAAAGUGGGUGUUGGCCAAUUAUCGCGUUUAUCAAGCCACAAAUCAAAUGUGGGACAAGAUUGAUAUUAUUGGAACAGUUCCUAAACCUGGAAGUGGCGGCGAAUAUAACGUACAAGAUGGUUUUGGUUGGACAAAUGGUGUUAUCCUCGAUCUUCUUGCUACUUACUAUGAUCGAAUGAGUGUCCCAAAAACAAGUCAAAAAGAAAAUUCUGCAUCAAUGUUCAAAAUCACUCCGGAUCAUAUCAGGACAUUGUAA